AUGUCCGACUCGGACGAUCACGUAGAUGUUGCCGGCGACGAUGUCGAUGAUCUCUUUGGCGACGCCGGCGACGAUGCCGAGCUCCAGUCAGACAACGAGCGUGUGCUGAGUGACGGGGACUUAGCUUCCGAAAGAGACGAUCGCGAGCAACGAUACGACAAUGACAUGGAUGUGGAUGAGCAGGACGUAGAGGUCAAAAACAUCAAUGUCUUGCCCCAGCCGCUGUACCGCCACCGAGCUCCCAAAACCAAGGACGGUAAACUACAAUCUUUGAGGCCUCCCAACUUUCUCCGACUUGCAGCGGAGGAGUACGAUCCCAACACCUUCGAGCCGACCCAAUGGGACCAAGAGAACAUCAGAAGCGACCAGCCCAAGAACAUCAUUCGAUAUCAAAGAGACCCCGACACGGGAAAGCUCAAGAGCAAUGCGCUGGUGCACAGAUGGAGUGACGGUUCGAUUACUCUAUCAGUAGGAGGUGAACACUAUGAGGUCCAGAGGAAGAUGCUCGCUCCCCCAGGCGACAAGCCCUACUCAGAAGUCCAGGAUGCGCACUAUUACGCAGCAGCAGCUCACCUGGCGAGCAAUCUCCUCGUCACUAUGGGCCACGUAUCAGAGCAAUAUACUGUCUUACCAAACAGAAACAUGCAGGAUGAUGCUGUGGCUAUGCUAGCAAGUCGUAUGCAAGCAGUGGCUCGUAACAAGCUCAAGAGUGCAGAUAACAUCUUUACCGCGACGAUAGACCCAGAGUUACAGCGCAAGGAAGCCGAGUUGGCUGAGAAAGAACGAAUGAAGGCUCAGCGCAGGAGAGAAAAUGCAGCUUCCAGACUGGACAAUCGCACUUCAGGCUACCGGAGCGGUGGACUGUCAAUUGGUGACCUCGAAGGCGGGAGAAGGGGUGUUGGUGGUCCGCGAAAGAGGGGACAACCUGGUGCGUCGCGCCCCAAGAAGCGUCGCCCAGAAUACGAUUCUGACGAUGACCUUCCUGCUGGACGCGGCCGCAACGAAGACUACGAUCUUGAAGAUGACUUCAUCGCUGCCAGUGAUGAUGAAGAGAGUGUUGCGGAGGAGGAUGACGAGGAGGACAUCCUCGACGAUGAAGACGAAGAGGAAGAAAGACCUCGUAAGAAGCGGCCAAGGGCUGCAGAGCCCGAGGACGAGGAUGCCGAUGCCGAUGCCGAUUUAGAUGACCUCGACGCACCGGCCGCUCGGAACCGUAGACGCCACAUCGUGGACGACGACGAUGACGAUGACGACGAGGAGUGA